CCACGAGCUGCCUACCAAAGACAAAUCCUUUCGCGCCUCGAAUGCAACCGAAAAGCCGUUAUCAAAAACCCAGAUUUUAGAUUGCCUUUGUACAAGGGGGCGAAUAAUCCUCAGGUUGCAGAACGGCAAUCGCGAGAAACCGCGGGGGGGUUGGUCGUGGGGAUCAGCGUCGCCGCAGCACCUAGCCGUCAAAAUGUAUCCCGUAUCCGCGAUUGAGGGAAUACGAGUACAGUUAUGUGCGCGUAUCACUCGGCGGCUACGUCGCGGUCGCUCACACAAUCAAAUACCCCAACACGGUACCUAACAGGUCAGUCGCCUGCACGCCAACUUGAUGACCGUUGUACUAUCGGAGGGGUGAGUGUCGACCCAAUGUUGGCUCCGGUAUCACUUCUAUCGUCAACCCAUGUCACAAUCUGGGCGGGACUGUCUGUCACCAAGCGGAACGCCGGGCAAUUGACCGUUGACACCUAGCCACCUCCUGAAUCCUGCGUCGCGGCUCGGCGAUGUCACUUAGUUCGACAUACUGCCCGUCAACCAGAAAGAGAAUAGCCAAUGUCUCGGUUGGUAUUGUUCUACGGCUGGCCUCACAAGCAUUCGCCGUGGCCCAUGGUCCAGGGCACUUCCAUCCUUCUAUCCAGACCCAAUAUAUCCCAUCCCAUCUGCUAGUUGAUGGCGAAUCAACCAACUGCGGGAAGCCUACUCAAAACGAAACAGAAAGGAAUGCAGUAAGUAAGCUUAUCGAAUCCAGGUGUCACAUAAGCCUCCAAUUCGGUUGGAUGCAACGAAGGAGAUCUUCAUUGAGGAUCGGCAAAUUGCACGAAAGCCUCGCCUGUCCGUCCUGCACUGAACCGCCCAGUAGGCCACCCCCAUCAUCCCUACUCUGGUGUGGAUAGAGUGUUUGUCUGUAUGUUGUAAAGUCU